GGCACGCACAGAGGACAGCUUUUGCGCGGACUUUUUACGCUUUUUGUCGCUCUUCUAUCUGCGACCAGUCUGCAGCCCGCACGCACUGGCUGGUGAUGCUUGCAGAAAAGUGACAUGCAAACAGGAAUGAAUUCGUAGAUGAGCUGCGGCUCCGACGCACAUACUGUACAGAUCCGGCAGGUUCAGCGCGGUGGUCUGGUAAGAACUGAAACAAACAUGAAAUCCAGGAGUCAGGACCAGAGUUUGUCUGACUCCAGAGAGCUGGACAGAUCUUACGACCCACUGACAGGUAAUCCACCAUCCAAACCCAAUAAAAAGACCAUAAAGCAGCGGUUCCUCAAACUGCUCCCCUGCUAUCGCUCUGGCUCCAGCACUUCAUCUAAUCAAAGCAAGUGUCAGGACACACAAGUCCAUCAUCACUCCCCUCCAUCCCUCCAUGCAGGAAGUAUAGCUGAUGAUGCCGAACUGUCGACAGUGUGCUACAGACCGGAGGGGCUCGACCGCCUCGUUCAGCAGACCAACUUCACCAAGAAAGAGCUGAAGGUCCUCUACCGGGGAUUCAAAAAUGAGUGUCCCAGUGGUGCGGUGAAUGAAGAGACUUUUAAAAGCAUCUACUCCCAGUUCUUCCCUCAGGGAGAUUCGAGUAUGUAUGCACAUUUCCUGUUUGAGGCUUUUGACACCAACAACAAUGGAUCGGUCAGCUUUGAGGACUUUGUUAUGAGUAUGUCCAUCAUCCUGAGAGGCUCCGUCACGGAUAAACUCAACUGGGCCUUUAACCUGUACGAUCUCAACAAAGACGGCUGCAUCACCAGAGAGGAGAUGACAGACAUCAUGCACUCCAUCUAUGACAUGAUGGGGAAGUAUACCUACCCCAACAUGAAGGACAGUGCUCCCAAAGAGCAUGUUGACAACUUUUUCCAGAAAAUGGACAAGAACAAUGAUGGAGUGGUAACUAUCGAGGAGUUCUUGGAGACUUGCCAAAAGGAUGAAAACAUCAUGCAGUCCAUGCACAUGUUUGACAAUGUGAUCUAAGGCUUUGGCGGACACAGACAGGAGAUUUUCCCCCCUGCCUGGAGCUCAUCUGCAGUUCGGAGCCAGAGUGCACGGUGUUUCUGGGCCUUAACAGAGUGGUGCAGGGUGCAAACAGCAACAGACUGAGGAUAUCUACCCCCAAAACCUGUGAACCCUUGUGAAAUGUAUUUAUUUAUUUUUUCAUGAAAAGUGUAUAGGAAGGCAUCAAAAGAUAGAUUCUGGUGUUUGAGCUGUACAGACCGAUUUGAACAAGCAUAUUUAAUGCUGUAGAGAAACAGCUCAAUAACAGGAAGGAUUGAUGAACAGAUGGCUCUGCUAUGGCCUCUUCACUCAUAGAAGUUAUGAUUAUUAUAUAUUUUUUCUCUAUUGCAUGAAUGAAUGCACAGACACAUGGAAGAAACUGAAUAAUGCUCAAAAUAUCACACACUUGCUAUAAUCACAGUUGUACUAGUCAAAGGACGGCUCUAAUAAAGGGAUGAAGUUUGAA